AUGCGUUACCCAAGUGAUCCUCCGCCCCCGCCGCCAUCACCACAGCCGCCGCCGCCGCCGCCACCACCUGUCUGCAAUCAUGAAAUGCUACUACCUCCGCCACCACCUCCCGUUGCAUGUAACCAUGCUCCGCCACCAUCAUCGCCACCACAACGGUCACCGCUGCCACCAACCCUGGAAAAGGCACCACCGCCACCACCACUGCAACCCUUUCCUACUCCACCGACAACUACUAUCCCACCCCCAUCACCGAAACAAUAUUCAACUGCACCUCCACCUGCAUACGGUUAUGCAAUGCCACCACCUCCGCCACCGCCUCCAGUUGCAUGUAAGAAUGCUCCACCAGUGUCGCUGCAACCACCGUCAUCACCACCACCGUCCUUGAACGACGCGCCACCACCACCACAACCCUUUUCUCCUCCACCUCCAACUACUGCGUCAGUCCCAUCACCUAUGCCACCGCCUCCUGUUGCGUCUACGGAUGCUCCACCAGAGUCACUGCCACCACCACUGUCACCACCACAACCCUUUUCUCCUCCAUCUCCAAAUAACGCCCCAGCCCCAUCACCACAACCAUCUUCCACCGCACCGCCAACGCAUAACAAGUUGUUUACUCCCGCACCAAUGCCUUAUCCUAGACUGAACCCCGCAACAGCGUCUUCGCCCGAAGUAGGGCCAUCUCCCCAUGGCCAUGCCCUGCCUCCACCGGGACAUCACAGCGCGCAUUCCAUAGCCGUCUUCGUCUCGCUUGGUGGGGUCUUCCUCUUCGCAUUCCUCGCCGUGGGUCUCUUCUGCUUGGCUAAGAAGAAGAAGAAGCAGCCGGUGAUGGUUCCGGCGGCUGCUUAUGUCGGCGAACAUGAGGCUGUCUCGACGGGUUCAUAUGAUCAGCAACGGGAGACGGCUGGUGCCGAUGCUUUGUCUUCGCCAACGGAGGACUUUGAGCCAUUGUCGUAUUCCCCGCGCCACCAGCAGUCGGGAUGA